AUGGAUGACUCUACAUUUCGCAAGCUUCUAGACCUUGUGGCACCACAUAUACAGAGGAAAGACACUUGCAUGAGAUCUGCUAUAUCACCAAGGGACAGACUUGCUGCAACUCUCCGGUAUUUAGCAACAGGAAGGUCUUACGAAGACCUGAAAUUCAGCGUAGCAGUAUCACCACAAGCUUUGGGACGCAUAAUUCCAGAAACUUGCAAAGUUAUAUGGAAGUUCCCACAUUCGAAGGAGGAAUGGGGCCAGAUUGGUCAAGACUUCGAAGAAAUGUGGCAGUUCCCUAAUUGGCUGGGCGCUGUAGACGGGAAAAUGUAG